UCACCACGUAACGUUUGAGCAUGCUUACUACGUUUGAACAUAAACAAAGGCAGCUCGUCGUUUGACGUUGAACUCUGCCUGUUCGAAACUGUGUUUACCAACAGCCGGAGGAUCGUAAGAAUUUCGUGUACGUGGAGUCAUGGAACACGCACUGCUGAUGCGAGUGAGUGUGUUUACUGAUCAGGGAGGCAGGAAAUAUAUGGAAGAUGUGACCGAGGUCAUAGUAGAGCCCGAGCCGGGCGAAAACGAUGAUCCGAGGCCAGAGGAGGAGCGGGAGGAAAGCGGCGGGGAUGAGGAUCCUCUCAGCCCUCUGGCCGGAGACUCCGACCCUGCUUCCAAACCAGAAGAACCCCUGCAGGUCCCUGAUGCCCCCGGUAAAGAGAUACAGAGAGAAGGAAGCUGUACUUUCGUGGCGAGGAAUCUGUCACCUCGACAACAGCCAAGUCCCGUAAAUGCCACGAAGCCCGUGGCAUUUUUUGCUGUUUUUGACGGCCACGGGGGUCGAGAGGCCGCGCAGUUCGCACGGGAUUAUCUGUGGGAGUUCAUCAAGAAGCAGCGGGGGUUCUGGUCCGACUGUGACCGGGAGGUGUGCUCAGCGAUACGCAAAGGAUUCGUAGCCUGCCAUCACGCUAUGUGGAAAAAGCUACCUGAAUGGCCAAAAACUAUGACAGGCCUUCCAAGCACAUCGGGCACCACCGCCAGUGUAGUAGUACUACGAGGAAACCGUAUGUAUGUGGCCCACGUUGGGGAUUCUUCUGUAGUUCUGGGGGUCCAGGAUGACCCGUCUGUGCCAUUCAUCAGAGCUGCUGAAGUCACCCAAGACCACAAACCGGAAUUGCCAAAAGAAAAGGAGCGUAUUGAAGGUCUGGGAGGAAGCGUGAUAAAGAAGUCUGGAGUGAACCGGGUGGUGUGGAAGAGGCCCAGGCUCAGUCACAAUGGUCCAGUUCGCCGCAGCACCGUGAUAGACCAGAUACCUUUCCUGGCUGUAGCCCGGGCUUUAGGUGAUUUAUGGAGUUAUGACUUCUACAGCGGGGAGUUUGUUGUCUCUCCAGAGCCAGACACUAGUGUAGUGGUCCUUGACCCUAGGAAGCAUCGCUACAUCAUCCUGGGCAGUGAUGGUCUGUGGAAUAUGGUGCCACCCCAGGAGGCCAUCUCCAUGUGCCAGAGCAACGAUGAGGACAUGGAACCCUGUGGCAUCUCAAGUGCAAGGCAACUGGUCAGCCACGCUCUGCUGCGAUGGCGCCAGCGAAUGCUCCGUGCCGAUAACACCAGCGCUAUCGUGAUUGCUCUGCAGGAUUCAGGAGGUUCUCAAAAAAUCCUGCAUCAUGAAGAAGUUCUGCUCGACCUGUCUCGGGCGUCCCAGUAUCCGUCCAUCUCUGCGUCUCGUGCUGACACGCCGGUCCUCCUGGGUCCUCCAGAGGAAGAUUCCUCCUCCCCCGUGUGUGACUUCCUACCUGCUCUGGAACGACGAGAUGGAUUGCUGGGAAGCAACAGACUGUAUUGCAUGAACUUCUCAGACCCCUUUGCGCUGACUUCUUUGGGUUCCAACAGCGGCACAGAGUUCCCGGGUCUGUCUUGUUCAGCUGAAAGGACAGUAAGCACUAAAAGGUUUAAUGAGUCCCCCACUUCAGGCCUGCUCGCCAAAAAAGCUCGCCGCAGGACUUCUGACCGACUGCCGUUGGCCCAGCACAAUGUAGAGAAGAAGCAGAAGGAAUCCAGCAACGUCUCUCCCAUUCUUCAGCAGCACAACAAGACCACAGUGUGCGUGUACUGAGACACCACGCCCGCGGCUGCUGCUGCCGCUGCUGCUGCUGUCAUCACUUCUGUUCAUCGUGUGUGUGAAGUCACUCAUGCUUCUGGCAAAUUUGAACCUAAAAUUACUUCAACUAGAAAGUGUCUUCUUGAUUGGAAACGUCAGGCGUCUCUCAGGAGCUGAGAAGACGAUCUAAAGGAGGGAUAUUGUUUCCCUGCAACCAAUGUCUAACAUUUAUCAGGGGCAUGAGUCAUCGUGAGCUUGACUUUAGGUUCCUCCUCUCUGCAGAGAUUCAGUAGAUCUUCAUCCUGCAUGGAUCCACCUUCUUUCUGUUUCAUUGGGUCAGGGUGGGGUCUGGAGGGCUCAGAGACCAACACUUUCCAAGCCCUGCUCACUCUGCUCACUGUGCAUUUUCUGCAUGUGUUCACUUCUCUAUGGAUGCAGCUACAGACAGAUGUUACUUUCUGAAUCACAUUCUCAACUGUGGGCUGAGACCAUCAUUUUCUGGUGCCGCUGUUAAGCUAUUAGACAAAAAAAGGCAAAUAUAAUGAGACAAGUUAGCAAAUUUAGCCUCAUAACUGUAGAUGUGUGCAAAUUAAUGCAUACUUUAAAAAAAAGGUUUGCUCAGCUGAAGAUUUUCCCUUUGAAUUAAACCAGCUCUGAAGUUGAACCUGUUGUCUGCAGCACCAGCACCUUAUCUUAAGUUUGAAAACACAGUCACCUAAAACAUUAACAUCUCCUCCACUUUCAUUGUUGAUAUUGUACAUUUACUCCUAAAUGACACACCCGUCUUUCUUAACGUUUGUAGGGUCUAAAUUGUGCCUAAUGAUGUAAAUAUGUAUUUUAUAGCCAAGUAUUUAACAGACUGUUUAUGUAAAACAAAUCUAUUUUUAUACUUUCUUUUAGUGUAAGUUAAUAAAAUGUUACCGUCCCUUCUAGAGGCUCUCCAGCAGACUUUUUCUCUCCAACACGUGUGCAGAACCAGGCUGGAAGCAUAUUUAUGUGUUUUAUUUAAUGUCUUGAAUUUAAACUAAAGGUGCUGCUACAGUCACAAAUAAGGAAGCUAUGUUGUUUAUAUUUUUAUGAAUAUAUGAAAUGCCUGUUUGCUCUUCCCCAUAACAAGGUCCUUGUAUAACAAAAGUUGUGGAGGAUCUUGUUACAUGAUGAUUCCAAAAUUUAUCUGUCUUCUAUUGUCAUCCAUGUCAACACCGUAAUGGAUUUAAUUAAAUGGUGUCUUCAGCUCCUCUUUCUAUAUGAACCCAUCACAGGGGGGGUUUCUGAGUUUCAUCCAUGGCUUUAGAGAGCCUCCAACAUGGAUCUGAGGCAGAUGCUUCCCUUUCUUCAGAGGGUCUGCCUGAGAACCCUGUAACCCUUGUGCUAUCCUAAACACUUUAACGUUGGGAGUUGGGUCAUCUAGACCCACUAGACCAGAGGUGGGCACUGAGGGCCGCAUUCCUGCAUGUUUUCCAGCAUACCCUGCUCUGGCAUGUCCUGAUUGGCUGGACACACCUGAACCAGGUAAUCAGCCAUGAGUAGGGCAAGAAUAUCUGGAAAUCAUGCAGACACACCGGCCCUCGAGGCCUGGAAUUGCCCACCCCUGCACUAGACAGUGCGUUGAACCUUUGUUCUUCAAUGAUUUGUGAUCUUCACUGGUGUCCAUGGAUUACAUGAAAUCUUUCCACCUUUAUCCACCUUUGUCAUGGUAGGGAGAACACGUCACUGUAAGGGUUGGGUCUUCUAAGAUAGCACAAAGGUUAAAGCCUCUGUUUACUUUGAGCUGCCAUAUUUGUGUUGCAUACUCUACACCUUUGAGGGACACCCCGUCUGACAUGGUGUCACCCGUUUUCCAUGGUGGGAACAAGCCAGUCGCUCCUACUUCUUCUGAGUGGUGUUGUUACUGAUGUGUGUACAGAUUCAUAUGAGGAAAAACCCCUUGCAUGGACUGAUUGAGUAGGUUUGGACUUUUAUGGUGACUUUAAGAAGGGAUAGCUGUUCAUGCUCCGGCUGCAGCGGGUGACGUGCGUCUGUGUACAUAGGUGGUGGAUGUCACAUUACAGUGAAUCCUCACAAAGCUGUGUGACGUUGUUGGAACAUGAUUAUGCCCUUUUGCCUCUUUGUCAUCCGUGUUGAAUUCCAGGAGUUUUAGGAACUGUAAAAUUAUAAUCAUUCUAUAUGAAAAAUCAUUUCUUUACUGUUUGGUGUUUCAUGAUCAUGGUUUUUUGUUUUUGUUCCUCUAUGGUGCUUAAGUGCAAUUUCUGACACAGGUGUGUACAUGUGUGUUCAUUUUGUAGUAUCUGGUCCCCCAGAUAGUAGCAAAUAUGGGUUUAUUCAAAUGUUUUUUGAAACACUAUAACCUGAUAUUUUGGUUUAAGGCUCCUCAUUUAGAUUUUUCUAUACAGUUAUUAAGUGAUUCUUUCAAACCCCUGUCUACUGAUUUACCCUCUUGUACACUUCAGAAAGCUGCUGUAGCAGCUGACGUGCAUGUGUACAGUGUAAAUGUGGAAAAAAAUCUUAUCUGGAAAUCAACUUAUUUAAAUAAAAUACUCCUUAAAAUGGAAAAAGG